CUUUACCAAGGGCAAAUCUCAGAAAACAGAAUAACUUAUUUCCAAUAAAAAUAUUUCUUGUCAUAGCACGGAAAAUGAAUGUAUAUUUCCUGUCAUAGUAUAGCCCCUUUGGAUACAUUAAGGCAACACCAGUAACCAAUUAGCAGACAAUUGUGAUGGUCCCGCUGAUCGAGUCUCAUGCGAGUUGUUAAUUCAUUCAAAAUUUCAAUUACAAAAUCAUAUUUAAAUUGCAGGCUGUUGAGAGAAAUGGUGGAGGAAAUGUUUUGUAUUCAUAAAUGUGUCCUCAGUUGAUGUGGAAAUAAUGCUCCUAUUGCUUGUUAUUAUUGACAUAUUAACUUUUCGCCACAAGAUGGCAGAAUGGGACAUAAUUGUCUAAAGUGCUACUUUUAUUACUUCUUUGUGUUUGACUGUGAUGACUUUGAUUUGUGGGAUUGCCUGUGAAGACAGCAAUGAGAGAGGAUGUAUCCGCAUGUCAAUGGAAAUUAAAUAAGCCGAGUUUUGGCUAAAAGACAACUUAUUCUCCGUCAGUUCUUCCUACGAAUGCAACGUUGAGCUGCAACCACCUCAACAGGUUAUGGGCCCAGGAGUCAUUCGAAGGUAAAGUCAGUUUCAGGUUACCUCGACUGGCAUUUGACGGAGAUGAAGCUAAAUAUGAACUCUGGGAAACUAAAAUGUUGGGACAUUUUCAUCUAAUCGGGCUAAAGAAGACAGUGCUGGUAGGACCAGUCACUGAAGCAGAGAGAGAAAAUGAUGAAAUGAAAAAUGCAGACGCGUAUGCUGAAAUGAUACAACUUCUUCUUGAUGAUAAAAGCCUUUCAUUAAUAAUGAGAGAUACGCCAAAUGACGGAAGAAAAGCUCUGAAAAUAUUAAGAGAAUAUUAUGCUGGGAAGGGAAAACCCAGGAUUAUAAACUUGUACACCAUGCUAACAUCUCUUCAAAAGGGAAAAGAAGAAAGCAUAGUGGACUACAUAAUAAGAGCUGAGACCGCCAUCACAGCAUUGCGAAAUGCAGGUGAAACAUUGGGAGAUGGUCUACUUAUCGCAAUGGUCUUGAAGGGGCUGCCAGAAAGUUACAAGCCAUUUACCAUUCAUGUGGCGCAUACCGAUGAGAACAUGACAUUUGCAGAAUUCAAAACCAAACUCCGAAGUUUUGAAGAAACGGAAAAGUUAAAUGCAGCAGAAACAAGCGAGAGAGUGAUGAAGACUAAAGCAAGAGCUUCAAAGCAAACCACAAAAGCAAACGCUCGUGACCGGAUCAAAGACGACGCAGAGUUGGUGUGCUUCAAAUGUGGUAUCAAAGGUCACCGUGCAAAAUCAUGUCGACAAAAGACAUGGUGUAGUCGGUGCAAAACGGACACGCACAAAGACACCACUUGCAGACGCAAGGAAGAACCGGACAGAGCGAGAAAAAUUGCUGAAGAUGGAGAUCCUGACUUCGUGUUCAAGGUGAGAGAUGAACAGCCCGACACCAGGCGGCAGGAUACACACAGCAUCUGGGAACGAGGUCUAAUGGUGGACACGGGAGCGACAUCUCAUGUCAUCACUGACGUGACCAAGUUCAAAAGCUUCCAGGAGACGUUCAAACCAGAGAACCACAGCGUCGAGUUGGCAGAUGGUACCAGGUGCAGUGGAGUCGCACUCAAAAGAGGAGAUGCGGAGUGGUACCUGAUUGACAACGGAUGACAUGAUAGCUGAUAUCAUGACAAAACCUGUAACAAAGUUAAAAUUGAAGAAGUUUGACAAUGUUAUUUUUGGAAUUUGAAAUGUAAAAUUUCAGUUGGUUGUUAAAAAGGCAUAAACAUGACAACAAGUGGGGGUGUUGAGAGAAAUGGUGGAGGAAAUGUUUUGUAUUCAUAAAUGUGUCCUCAGUUGAUGUGGAAAUAAUGCUCCUAUUGCUUAUUAUUAUUGACAUAUUAACUUUUCGCCACAAGAUGGCAGAAUGGGACAUAAUUGUCUAAAGUGCUACUUUUAUUACUUCUUUGUGUUUGACUUUGAUGACUUUGAUUUGUGGGAUUGCCUGUGAAGACAGCAAUGAGAGAGGAUGUAUCCGCAUGUCAAUGGAAAUUAAAUAAGCCGAGUUUUGGC